AAGUAUAAGGCAGAGCAGAAGCCAUAUUAUACAUACAAGCGGUAACGAAGCUUACAACAUUUCUGAUAAGCAAACCCGUAAUUCCAAAAAUGGUAAGAAGAAGGAAAUGAGUGUAAAUAAGUCAGCAAACGUAAAGUCGUCGGCAGGGCCGAAGAAUGGAGAGUUGGAUGUGGAUAUCGCUCGGGAAGUAAAAGGCUCGCAAAAGUUCAGGUUCGUAAUUGAACACAUAGAUUUCUGCCUUUUUUGUAAAAAGAAGAAAGAAAAAAAUGAGGAUAGCACUGACCGGGGAGGACUUAACCACUGCGGUGCGGAUGGCGGAAAGGACGACAGCGAAGACGAUGAUGGUGUUGAUGCGAAAGAGGGAGACGUUCGAAUCGAUCCCAAGUGGCUAAGCUUUAUAGGCAAAACGUACGACCUUUUGAAGAAGAAAAGUUUCAACCCAAAGCAUUUAAAAAGGUUAGAAAAUGCCCAAUACUUUGAAAAGGUAUUAUGGGCACAUUAUAACAUAUAUGACAGGCUGUAUCUUCUAAAAAACAACGAGGUUUUUUUUUGCAUGGAUGGUCCCCAAGUAAGUACAAACAAAUUGUACGUAAAGCACUUACUAUCGCUUAUCGUUUUUAUUUGCUAUAAAUAUGAAGAGAAGGGGAAAUACGAAAUUUGGGAUCAGAUAAUUUACAACAGAAUAGACGAAUUUGAAAAGUUGGUGGAAAUCGAAAAGAAGAAUUACACUCAAAAGGAAAACUACAAAAUUGAUGAGCGGUUUAAUAUGUACAAGGAAUUCCUUGUACAAAAAUUUCACAGCUUAUUUUUUAAUACCCUCAAAUUGAUUAAUUAUAACUUUGUUUUUAGUGAGCACAUGCGAAAUGGGAAGCUAAGGGGGGGAAGUACAGAGACGGAAGAUAUCGUAAGGACAUGUAGGAGGCGUGUAUUCAAAUUAAACUUUUUGGAGAAAUCCUUUGUCAUACAGUUUUUUAUAAAUAUUUAUUCCAGUAUAGACAAAAAAUUUCUCUUCAAAUUGUGCCUUGAUCUGUGCAACCCCAUCAUUUGGAGCUGCGUAAAUUACAGUUACUUAAACGCAUUUCUGUUUCAGAAGAGUAAAGAAGCGAAGGUGUUGUAUAAUAAUCUGCUAAAGGUUAUGGAAAAAAAAUAUUUAAAUGGGAGGAGUUACAACGUGCUGGGUGUGUAUACGUGCAGUUGUGGUGUAGUUCACCAGGACGAUGUGAAGAAGGAAGAGUAUGACGAGGGCAUCAUUCUGUUUGUUAACAAAAAUGAGUUUUUUUACAACUUGAUAAAUUACUUUUUAAUCGUUUUGGACAUCUUUGAGAGGGAGUCCGAAGAACAGGAUGAGGUAGCCAGUGAUUUUUCCAUCUCCUCGAUGAGUGACGCAGACAGUAAAAAUGAAGAGCUAGACGAGUGCGAAAAGUAUUUGGAAAUGUUUAAUGAUGAGGAGGGUAAUAUUCCGAAUGAGGAGAAGUCACCGUUAAGUAGUGAGAAGCUUGGAGAUGCUUCCGCACUAGUAGGUGAAGGGGAUAUGAAAGAGAUAGUCCCCUCGAAUGACAACACGAAGGACGAUAUGGGUACUGACGCGAGCGAUCAAGAGGGGAGUCUAACCGACAACUCGGUGGCCGACGAAGAAGAGGGCGUUACUACAAAGGGGCAUUCAGCCAAACACGCAAAGAGGGUUGCAGCUGGUGGGGGGGAGAUUGGCACCAUAAAUGGUACACGCGUUGGCAGUGGUGAGGACGUGCUCCACGACGAGGUGGUAGAGUUCCUCGAGUCUGUCGAAGCGUACGCAAAGUACAUCUCCAGCGAGGACGAAAGGGAUGGAAGUUAUGUCAACCACAGCGAACAUAAAAAGGAAGAAAUACUACGCAUGUUUUGGAAGUAUGAAGGAAAGCUAAAGGGGAAAAAUAAACACAGAUACACACGUAAGGUUAGAAGAACUGGGCGGAAGCAUACCUGGGAGGACAAAAAAUUUCGCAUUUUGUUUGUUGAAAAGUGCGUGGAAUUUUUUAUCGAUCUUUUAAGUCAGCUUUACUCGAGAAGGAUACUGUACAUUCUCAUAAAGCAUUUUAAUGUGUUAAUUUAUUGUAAAAUUUCUAGUCUUAAUAGGAAAAGGAAGUUCAAAGAACUGAUAAAGCUGUUAAAAUAUUACGUCGAAAUGUAUAUAAAUAAUUUUUCGGGGAAGCCAUUAACUUAUUUAGAAAUAAGCAACGAGCAUUACAAGAACUUUGAGUUUUUCCAAACCUUUUGCUACAAACAUUUUAAGGAGCACACGGUGUUAAAAAAUUACUACCUGAAGUCCGUUUUUUUGAUGAACAAGAAGAGGGAGCUGCUGGAGAAUUUGUCCAAACUGGAAGAGCGGGAGUUGCUUUUCCUGUGCGAGAAGUUGAAGUACUUGGUGCCUGGCAGGGAGACAGCCAAGAAUGCUAAUGGCAUAGCUGGGACUGCAAAUGGCAUAGCUGAGACUGCUAAUGAUGAAGAGGGGGACAGCAAAUUGCGGGGAAGCAAAUGGAGCAGGGACAGCGGGGGUCUGUUCCCAAGUGUGCCCCUGUUUAGGAGAAAGAAGAAACUGUUCUACAUAACUGUGCUAAUCGAAAAUUUGAGUUUUAAGAGCAACAUCUUUGAGGAGAUAGACAAGCAAUGUGAUUAUCCAAACGAGAAGGACCUAUUCGAUAGUGUCCUGAUAGAUACGAAGGACGAUAUGAAAAAGAAGAGGAAAACCUUUCUCUACACCAAGCCGUUAUUCAAACUGAAUUUGCAAUACCUAUGCAUUAACGACUAUGUGUUUAGAAUAUACAAUUUGUUUAAACUACAGAGUUAUUACGACAUUAGGAAAAACGUCCUAGAGUAUGUCUACGAAACGAAUCCAAAAAAUAAAAAGGUGAAUGAAAAUACCGUGUGUAGAUACGUCUUCGAAAUUGACGAGUCGAGUGAGUCUAACAGGAACGAUAAUGAGAUGAAUGACGAAGGAGAGAAGAAACGAAGGAAGAGAAAACAUGAGGAAGAGUUAUUAGGGGAGAAUCAAAUAGAUACACAGGAUGGAUUUUCAUCGCAUAAGAGUUGUAGCCACGCUUACAAUGAAUACCAGCUAAACUCCAUAGUGCAGGAUGUUAACAAAAUUGAAAAUACCUAUUUUGCAAAUGAACGAAGAAUGAGCAAUAAAAUCGACUCAUUCAAAAUUGUAAAUGUAGAUAACAACAGUAAGAAAGUAACAGCAGAAAUAGUGAUAGACCUGAAGUACAAAUACUACGAAAGAGUUAAUAACGAGUGGAACAUGAUUAGACCGUGUGACAUUUUAUUUCUCGUUUGUGUAAAGAAUUACACAAAUCAUUAUAGGAAUAAAAUAAACGUGAUUAAUGAUGGAGAUUUGAAGAAGCUACUUGGAAUUAAUUACGUCAGAGGGUGUGAAGUGUUCAAGUAUGCUAACUUUGUAGAAAACGGUGAAGAUGAGGGAGAUGCGGAGAAAAGCAGCUUGAAGAGAAUCACUGUAUACUUGGAUUAUCAUCAGUAUCAGAAGGAUAUUCUUAACGAUCCAGAAAUUUACAACUCAUUCAAUUUACUAGUGAGGAGGAAACAGAAGGAAAACAAUUUCUUCUACAUUUUGAACAACAUCAAAACGUUAAUUAUGAAUCCCGAUGAUGUGGUUAUACCGUUUUGGGUGCAUGAUAUAUUUUUGGGUUACUGUGAUGGUUCGCUCAAGUAUUACCAGAAGUCGCUGCCGGGGAGGGCCAACGCGGAGGGGGAUAGUGAAUCUGGGGGGGUAUCGGGAGGAGAGAGCCAAUCGGAGGAGGAAUCUGGAGAAGAAAGCCAAUCGGAGGACGAAUCGGGAGGAGAAAGCCAAUCGGAGGACGAAUCAGCAGAGAAUGCAUCGGAAGAAGACUCAUCAGACGAUGCAAACAGUGAUAGUAAAAAUAAAUCGGGCAGACCCAGAGCGACGAAAUUGUUGAAGAGCUCUCUGUCAUGCAAUCGAGAGAAGCUAAAUUUUAUAAGAAACCACAUCGAUGAUAUUAACUACUUGAACACGUUUAUAAACAUCUUACAUGUGAUAAAAACGACGAACGUUGCGUAUCUUUGCAUCGACUCGUCAUACAUGAAUGUGUUUAGCGGUGGCGAUAAAGGAGAUGUGAAGAAUCUACUGAAUGAGUAUAUAGAGCCCCUAUUUUUGAGCUACGUACCGAUCAAAUAUGGAAACAAAAAAAAGUCACUUGAAAAGGAUGUGCUGCAAAGGAAUAUCCUCGAAAGUUUGUAUUAUCACAUUUGUGUAAUUAAUGGGUACGCCACAGAUGAGAUGGGAUUUGUCUCCAAUUUUGUGGAAAACAUUAGAGUUGCGCAUCGGUAUGGGGAUUAUUGUAUCUUCCAAUUUGUGUUUAAGGCGAAAGAGUAUUUCUUAAUUUUGAACAGCUACCUGAGAAGGGGAAAAAGCGGGAGAGGACACGUGGGGCCGCUUAUCAAGGGGGAGGGACAGAAGAAGGGAGAAGAGAAAGAAGGUGAAGAAGGCAAUGAGGACGAAAUGGACGAACCGGAUGGAGAGGUUACCACAAUUGGUGACCGAAAACAAGUGCAAACUUUAUUUGAUCAAAAUGUGGAACGCUCCAUAGGAUAUUUAAGACUAAAAGGGGACAUUUACAGGAUACCGAACAGGAUUUACGACGACCAGGACUACCCGUUAGAGGGGUUGCUUGUUCACACGAAAAAGAGGAACAGCACAAAUGUGGCUUUGGUGAAGAGGGUAGGCACCGAAAAUGGGGAUGACGAGACAAACGUGGUAGAAGCAGCAAGUGGAGGCGAGGCGAAGAAAAGGAUGUACUACACAGAAAGGCAAAUCGAAUGUAUAAAGAGCGGGCUGUAUGAAGGAAUAACCAUCAUCGAGGGAGUUCCAGGCAGCGGAAAAACCAGCAUACUAAACAAGAUAAUUAAUAUACUCUUUAACAACAAAACGAAGGAAAAAAUUCUCAUAUGUACACACAGUAAUAGUUGCCUGAACUACAUUUUUAACUUACUGGUUAAGGAAAAUUUGAUUCACCAAAAAUAUCUGUGCAGAGUAGGUAUGGGAGAAUUGGAUAUUGAAAAUUUAAGAGCCGAGUACGAAGAAGUGGAAAGGAACUUAGCCAGAAAUGAUAUUGGUAGGGGAAAUGAGAGCAGCAUGGUGAACAAAGCAGGGAACGAUUUUUUUGAUGAAGACGAUAAUUUUAAUUUUUCGAAAUAUGGAAGAAUCAAUUAUAUGAUCGACUUAAGACAAAAACUAUUGAACGAAGUAAAUCUGUUAUCCGAAUCGAGUAGCAGUCAGAAGAUAUAUCACUGCUUGUCGGCUACCCAGUAUUAUGAGAAUCAUGUGAAAAAACGUAUUUCAAAUUUUUUUAAGUUUAUUGAAAUUUAUAGAAAAAACGGAAAUGAGGAGGAUUUUUUCAAAUCGUGCAUCACAGCAUCGGUUGACGAUUAUGACGUAUAUAACUUAUUUUUGUGCCCAAAGAUGUACGUGGAAGGACGUGAAAAUGUGGAGAAUUUAAUCUGGGGAGGGGGGAAGGAAACAACACGGUGUACUUCCAAGGAGAUGGAAAAGCUACACAUACUGGACGAAGACAAAGAGUGCUUUUAUUUAAUUCACCCAGAAGAUCAAUUGGGUAGUUUGCAGCUGAGCGUUUAUAGUGUUCUUUUCCCGUUUAAGAAGUACCUAAAUUUGAAGUUGCAUAAAGUAGGCAUCGAUGAGUAUUUGGAGUAUAGGGGCGGUUUCCUCGAGAGGGAGAAAAGCGCAGGGGGGAGGGUAAUGGAAGAAGUGGAAGGAGUGGAAAAAGUGGACGAGGUGGAAGAAGUGCAAAAAGUGGAAGCAAAAGCCGAACAAGAAAAAGGGACAAACGAUGAAUUGUUAGCCCAAUCGGGGGAUAUCCCCACCCAGCGCAGCAUCUUCAACGGAGAUGUAACCGGCAUGACGUUCAAAAACGACGAGGACGAUUUAUACGUGAGCAAAUACUAUUUAGCAAAGUUGAUAAAAAAUUUCGAACAUCUGAAUGACUGUAGAGCAUUCGAGGUGUUAAAGAACCAGCGAGAAAGAGGAAUGUACAUCAUAGCGAAGCUGGCCAGGGUCAUCGCAAUGACGUGUACACAUGCAAGCAUAAACAGAAGCAAAAUAGCGAAACUACAGUUUUACUUUGACAAUAUUAUUAUCGAUGAGUGCACCCAAAUUACGGAAAAUGACACGUUUUUACCCCUCCUUCUGCAAGAAAAUAGAUACUAUAAGAGCAAGUUAAAAAGAAUAAUUUUCGUUGGGGAUUCUAACCAGCUACCACCCAUUAUAAAAAAUAAAUAUAUAAAAAAUUUUGCAAACUAUGAACAGUCCUUGUAUAAAAGAUUUUUAAGACUAGAAUUGCCAUCCAUUUAUUUGAAUGAACAGGGACGUAUGAGAAAUGAGAUUUGUAACAUAUAUAAAUAUUUUUACAGUAAGUACAAUAUCCAAAUAGCCAAUCUGGAAUGCAUUAAUAGUGACAAAUUUUCGAAGAAUUUCAAUCCAGGAUUUACUUAUACGUAUCAGUUUAUACACGUCGAGUCGGAGGAGUACGCACCGGUGCCUUAUUUUUACCAAAAUUUGUUAGAAGCAGAAAUGGCUGUUGCUAUUUUUAUGUACAUGCGACUGUUAGGAUAUGCCAAUGAAGUAAUCACCAUUUUGACCACUUACAAUGGGCAGAAAGAACUCAUACUAGAUAUUUUAAAAAAAAAAUGCCUAUACAAUAAGUUAAUCGGAAUGCCAAAAAAAGUCACCACAGUGGACAAAUAUCAGGGAAAACAAAACGACUAUGUAAUUAUUUCGCUCGUUCGGUCUAGAAGUAUUGGUUAUAUGAAAAAUAUUAAAAGACUUAUUGUUGCGUUUUCACGUGCAAGAUUUGGUUUAUACGUAGUUGGAAAUUAUAAUUUGUAUAAGAAAAAUUACGAAUUUAAGAAGCCGCUAUAUUUUUUUAGGAAGAACAGAUUGGAGUUGUCCUUGCAAAUGAACGAGCAGUUCGAUACAGCCCAACGGGGGGAUAGCUCCCCUACAGUCAUCAUAAAAGAUUUGAAUCACUUUUACUCAAUUAUAUAUUCCCUGGCGAAUGCCCACCUGCAGCACGGUUGUGCGUAG